CCACAGCCUUCGAAAGCUGCGUGUGCAGGAGUCUCCGGAUGGAUUGGGCGAUGGCGCGUUACGGGGACAAGCUCACGUUCCGCACUCCGUUCUACGACCACGAGGGCGUGCUCGUGCCCGGGCCGGGGGGGCCCCACGUCAUCGAGCGGGUCAACCCCGGCUGGGGGAUGUCGCGGGGGUGCAGCAGCGGCGGGAGCGGGUCCUCCGUCUACGCCGCGCGGGAGUGCAUCGUGAAGCGGCCGCUGGGGAAGGAGGAGAAAGUGAUCGCGACGCCGCCGAAGGUGCCGCCGCAGCAAGCCAUCGCAAUGGCGGAGAAGAAGUAUCAGAACCGGAACAAAGAGGGUCCGUACGACCUGUUCUCCAACAACUGCGAGCACCUGGCCCGAGAAUGCACGGAAGGUAGGAAAUACAGCAAGCAGGUGGACAACGGGGUCAAAGCUGCAGUCGCUAUCGGGGCCGUCGCCACGGCUUCGAUUGUCGCCUACAGAGCGCUGGCGCCGGCAAGCGCUCGAAGAGGAAAUUGAUGUGCAGGUGUCGAUCAUCGGAGUCGAUGUUGCAUCUGCUCGGGGAGGUGUCGGGAUCAAUUCGGGAGGAAACCGGAUGAUUGCUUCACAGCAUUCUCCACAACAUUAUUCACGAUAUUAGUCACGAUAUUCUUCACGAUAUUCUGCACGAUAUUCUUCACGAUAUUCUUCACGAUAUUCUUCACGAUAUUCUUCACGAUAUUCUUCACGAUAUUCUUCACGAUAUUCUUCACGAUAUUC